GUACUUCACACAUUGGUGUGUGAAGAGUGAAGAGAAGAGACACCUUAUCCUUAAGGACUUGAAGCCCCCCAAGUAGCAACGCAAUGCCCACUUUGAACCUCUUCACCAACAUCCCUGUCGAUCCUGUUAUUGCUUCCGACAUUCUCAGGGAUGCCACCAAAGCUGUUGCAAAGAUCAUCGGAAAACCCGAAUCUUAUGUGAUGAUUUUGUUGAAUGGUGGAGUGCCUAUUGCAUUUGCUGGGACUGAAGAGCCAGCUGCUUAUGGUGAAUUGGUAUCAAUUGGGGGCCUUGGUCCAGAUGUUAAUGGGAAAUUGAGUUCUACUAUUGCUGAAAUCCUUCAAACUAAGCUAUACAUUGAUAGUUCCAGAUUCUACAUCAAGUUUUAUGAUGCGCCGCGCUCAUUUUUUGGGUUCAAUGGUUCAACAUUUUGAUCAGACAUAUUUCAAGUCAUAGACUUGGGCAGUUUCACAAGGAAGCUAUUUCGUCUAUCUGUGUAUCAUAAAAAUUUGUAUGUGUAGUUGUUGUGAACAUAUACAUUUGAUUUAUAAAAAUUGGAAAAUUCAUCCUUC